AGCACCCAGUAGCCAGCACCCAGCACCCAGCAGCUAGCACCCAGUAGCCAGCAGCCGGGCAGCCAGCACCAGCACCCAACGGCCAGCGGCCGGGCACCGGCACUUGAGUGGCCUGCUGCCCGCAUUCCCAGCGGCCAUGUCGGUGCUGGAGGAGGGCCGGCCCUUUGCCCAGCAGCUGUCCAAUGUCUACUUCACGAUCCUGUCCCUCUUCUGCUUCAAGCUUUUCGUGAAGAUCAGCCUGGCCAUCCUCAGCCACUUCUACAUCGUCAAAGGCAACCGCAAGGAGGCGGCCCGCAUCGCAGCUGAGUUCUACGGUGCCGCCCCGGGCCCAGGUUCCUGGGCAGACCGCUCACCUCUCCACGAAGCAGCGAGCCAAGGCCGCCUCCUGGCUCUGCAGACCCUCCUCUCCCAGGGUUAUAACGUAAACGCCGUCACCAUAGACCAUGUCACCCCACUGCAUGAAGCCUGCCUCGGCGACCAUGUGGCCUGUGCCCGGACUCUUCUGGAAGCUGGAGCUAAUGUCAACGCGAUCACCAUAGAUGGCGUGACGCCGUUGUUCAACGCCUGCUCGCAGGGCAGCCCGAGCUGCGCGGAGCUGCUGCUGGAGUACGGAGCCAAGCCGCAGCUGGAGUCCUGCCUGCCCUCCCCGGCCCACGAGGCCGCCAGCAAAGGCCACCACGAAUGUCUGCAGAUCCUCAUCUCCUGGGGCAUAGAUGUUGACCAAGACAUUCCUCAUCUGGGAACGCCGCUGUAUGUAGCUUGCAUGUCACAGCAAUUCCACUGCAGGAAGCUUCUUUACGCUGGUGCUGACAUACAGAAAGGCAAAUACUGGGACACGCCGCUCCACGCUGCUGCCCAGCAGUCCAGCACGGAGAUUGUCUACCUGCUGCUGGAGUUCGGGGCGGACAUCAAUGCCAAGAACACGGAGCUGCUGCGGCCGGUGGACGUGGCCACGUCGAGCAGCCUGGUGGAGAGAAUGCUGCUGCAGCACGAAGCCACGCCCAGCUCCCUCUGCCAGCUGUGCCGCCUCUGCAUCCGACGCCGCAUCGGACGGCCGCGCCUGCACCUCAUCCCGCAGCUCCAGCUGCCCACGCUGCUGCAGAACUUCCUGCAGUACCGAUAGAGAGUAAACAGCCUCCGAGCCCCCACUGUCCCAGCUCUGCUUCCUCCGCACGCUGCGUAUUUCACAUUAAAAUGUGCUCACGAGGGGGGAGACGUGGCUGGGGCCCCCCAGGGGAGCGGGAAAUAUCGGUUUCACCUUUAAGUGUCCUAGAGGGCACUGCUGUUUUAGGUAGGCGUUGUCAUUGUUUGUGGACAUAGUAUGUCUAACACACCUAUGUGUUAUUAUUUCCAUAGAGCCUUCUGUCGGCUUAGGGGAAAACAGAGUUCUCCAUUUUAUGGUUUUGUUUUUGAGUGAAAAGGAAAUAUUCUUCUUUAUAUGGUGUAUUUGAAAAGGUCUAUAGUCUUCAAAUAAUGUGUUCACCUUUCUAGUUUGGUCUGCCAUGAUUCUCUGUAUUUUUAUAUUAAGACGAACCACGAGUACUGCUUAGCAAACAGCAGGGAGCCCGGCUGGUGUCACUCGGUGGUUGGGCAUCGGCCCAGGAACCAAGGUUGCUGGUUCGGUUCCCAAUCAGGGCUCAUGCCCGGGUUUUGGUCUUGAUCCCCCGUGGGGGCGUGCAGGAGGCAGCCGAUCAAUGACUUCCUCUCUCAUCUUUGAUGUUUCCAUCUCUCUCUCCCUCUCCCUUCCUCUCUCUAAUAAAAAUCAAUAAAAAUAUAUUUUCAAAAAAAGAGCCGCUAGUACUCAUUUGAAAUAAAGAGGACUCAUCGGGGCAGCCACUGAGUGGCACCCGCACUGUCCUUACAACAGUUCCCAGGGAAAGAGAGUCCCUCUCCUUGCAGAGAUCUGGUCCAGCUGGGACUGGGAGUUAUGCUGCCACCCCUCCCCCCCACACACACCCUGAGGGUGAGGACCUCGCCACCUGCUGGGCUAUUUUAAGGCCGCCCCUCCUCAAGGGCAGCCUGGGGAGGUCUCUCUCCAGAGCUUUCUGACACAUCACUCCAGCCUCCUCCAGGUUCAGGCAUCACCAGCAGCUGGUGCUCCCGGGACCGAGGGGAAGGGACCGGACCUCGUGUCUGCCUGGCAAAGAGGCCCUGCCCUGGUCACACCUCGGGGAGCAGGGCAGCCCAAGGCUUUCGAAAAUGGGAGAGAAAGAGCUCCUUAAACUGCGGGGUCCACUUAGCCAACUUAGAGGCCUUAAAAACGGGCCCCCGGGAUAGACACUAAGAGGGUGCUUCUAACUCUCCUUAAUCAGGCCAAGCUGUCAGCACACGGGAGUGAGGGAGCAUUGGGUCAAAGAGGCUACUCCUGAGUCAGCGCCCUCUGCAGGGUGAAUACCGUCUUUAUUCUCUUGCUUUAACUGUGCUGGUGCCAUGGAAAAACCGUGUCUGUCCCCUUCGUCCUCGAGGCCGGAGUUGAGUAGAUUACGGGUUUAAAAAUAAGAUCAUCAAGAUGCUUACAACUCUGUUAAGUAGAAGAACAUAUUUUGAUGAGGUUUUAAAAUUUAUCACAUUUUUGGUAAAAAUAAUGUAACUCCUAUUUCAAUAACUCAGAGGCCCAUUUUCCUGUCUCCUUAGUUCUCUUGCUGACUUCCAGAGACCCCUGGGGGAUUUCUUGUUUAAAAUUCCCAAAUCAUGACGUUUUGC